AUGUCUUUCGCUUCUAUAUCGCAACUGGUACCAACCCUCCAAUCAAAGUGUCGGCUGCGGGUUCGCAUUCUGCGUGUAUGGCCAACGCAGAGCAUGGCGGGUGAUACAAUUUAUUGGCUUAACCUCCUCUUGAUUGACUGUCAGGGUGCAGAGUGUCAAGGAAUGAUUUUCAGUUUUUAUCUUCCCAAGUUUGACAAGAAAAUUGAAGAAGGAAAAAUAUAUGCUAUUUCCAAUUUUGAAGUUGAUGACGCUCCAAAACGCGAUCGCGUCACCGUUUCCACCAUAUACAUCACAUUGACUGCAAAAACAGUAGUUGAGGAGCUGGUCGAUGCAAGUGAUAUUAAAAAAUACAGCUUCAAAUUCUUGAAAUCUACCGACUUCGCAACCGCAUACGCAAACGAUCAAUAUUUGUCAGAUUUAGUUGGUGAAGUUGACCAUACAGAAUCAACUGUUGAAUUAUUGGACGGACCACUUCGUGAAAAGACAAUAACUGUGUACCUAAAACUGAUAGAGUGA